AUGAACGUCCAGCUGGGUUUGGAGAACGGUGGGAACGGGGAGAUGUCGGCGCAGGAGCAGGAGCUGAUGCACAGCGACAGCCGGGCCCUGCACUCGGCCCUGCAGCGGCCCUCCUUGGUGGCCUCCGUCCUGGACGGGAGCGACUACCACCGGGCCGAGCAUGCCUUGGCCACCUCCUUGCACCCGGGGCUGGGCUUCGGGGGCGACUCUCCCACCUCGGGGGCCGGCAACAGCUACACCACCCUGACCCCGCUCCAGCCCUUGCACGAGAAGUUCCACCACCACCACCAUCACCACCACCACCAGUGCUUGCCCAUGGGCAACGUCAUUGGGAGCUUCACCCUCAUGCGGGAGGACCGGAGCCUGGGCGGCGGAGGGAACUUUUACAGCCCCUACCACAAGGAGAUUGGCAUGGGACAGAGCCUCUCCUCGCUGCCCAGCCCACAGCUGGCGCCGAUGCACAACUACACCGGACACUCGGCCGCCGGGACCUUGGGGAACGAGAAGAUGAUGCUGGGCAACGGCUUCGAGGCCCACUCGACUGCCAUGUUCGGCCGGAUGGAGCAGCACUUCCCCCGGGAGAUGUCCCCCUCCCAGAGCUCCACCAUGGCCUCUCCCAACGCCAUGAGCCAGACCCCCUACGGCCACCCACGCUCCGAGAUGGGCGCCCGGCCCAGCCAGCCCAUCGCCAGCCAGACCACGGUGCUCUCCAGCCAGCUGGAGGAGAUCAACACCAAGGAGGUGGCCCAGCGCAUCAUCGCGGAGCUGAAGCGCUACAGCAUCCCGCAAGCCAUCUUCGCCGAGAGGGUGCUCUGCCGCUCGCAGGGGACCCUCUCGGACCUGCUGAGGAACCCCAAGCCCUGGAGCAAGCUCAAGUCCGGGCGGGAGACCUUCAAGAGGAUGUGGCGCUGGCUGCAGGAGCCCGAGUUCCAGCGGAUGGCAGCUUUAAGGUUAGAAGCCUGCAAAAGGAAAGAGCAAGAUCAAAGCAAGGCCGACAGAAACCACGUCCCUAAGCGCCACCGGCUGGUCUUCACCGACAUCCAGCGCCGCACCCUCCAUGCCAUCUUCCACGAAAACCAGCGGCCUUCCAAAGACCUUCAAAUCACCAUCGCCCAGCAGCUGGGCUUGGAGCUCUCCACCGUGAGCAACUUCUUCAUGAACGCUCGGCGACGGAGCCUGGACAAAUGGAUGGAGGAAGGGCGCUCUCCAUCAACGGGGCACGGCGCCAACGCCUCCUCGGCCGUCUCCUGUCCCAAAGCAUAACCGGCGGUGCCGCAACCCUUUCCCUCUGGCUCUCCUUCGAUACCAAAGAUGGCGGGACGUUCCAUCACGAGGCCGCUUGGCCAACUUGGCCAGAGACGGCCAACUGCGUUGCUUGGCCAAGCAACCAAGAUGGUGAAAUGGCUCUAAACAAAAGGCCAAGGAGCUUUGGCUGAGUAGCCAUAAGGACGAGGACGGGACACAUCACUUGGCCAAACAGCCAUAGACCAAACGUGGCCAAAACCAAAACCUUGGUCCAAGGGUGAGGGAGGUUUUGUUUCCCUUUGGAUUGAACCCCAAACCCACUGCCAAGACUUUGAGGAGGGCUACGCUGAAAGAAUGGAGGGGAAAGAGGGGAGGAAAGGGGUCACCUCUCCUCUUGGAAGAAGAGGAAUGGCUGUCCAGAGUCAAGAACUUGGUUUGCUUCUUUGUUCCCCUUUGCCACCCCUUCUGUGUUUUGUUCCUUUCGGGGAGGCAAUGCCAUCUAGCGGUUCCAGGCAGGCACAGGGAGCGGGAAAGAAACCGAGCAAAGGGUCAGAAGGGAUGCUUUCCUUCUGCUUAUGGGGUCGAGGAAAAGGGGGGAAAGGAGUGAAGUGUCUUCCUUUCCGCCCUGGAAAGGACAAUCAAGAUUCUGUAUCCAAAGAGCUACAUGCCAAAAAAUAACAAGGCCAAGAAGAUGGGUUGAAAUGCAUUCCUUCUCCGUGGUACCGGAAUGAUCAAAACCUCCCUCAUUAUUACAUUUAUAUCCCACCUGCUUUCCAUUAUUUUCCAGUGCUGUGAAAUAGGCCAGGCUUUGCACCAAGGGUCAAACUUUUUAACCACAAUCCUUCAGACUGUUGAGGGGCCGAAUACUCAUUUGAAAAAAGACUACAAACCAAUUCCUAUGCACACUGCACAAGACUUAUUUUUAGUGCAAGAAAACGCCAACAACAACAAUGAAGGAACAAUACAAUACAGUAGAGUCUCACUUAUCCAACAUAAACGGGCCGGCAGAACGUUGGAUAAACGAAUAUGUUGGAUAAUAAGGAGAGAUUAAGGAAAAGCUUAUUACACAUCAAAUUAGGUUAUCUAUAUACAGUAGAGUCUCACUUAUCCAAGCUAAACGGGCCGGCAGAACGUUGGAUAAGAGAAUAUGUUGGAUAAUAAGGAGGGAUUAAGGAAAAGCCUAUUAAACAUCAAAUUAGGUUAUCUAUAUACAGUAGAGUCUCACUUAUCCAAGCUAAACGGGCCGGCAGAACGUUGGAUAAGCGAAUAUGUUGGAUAAUAAGGAGGGAUUAAGGAAAAGCCUAUUACACAUCAAAUUAGGUUAUCUAUAUACAGUAGAGUCUCACUUAUCCAAGCUAAACGGGCCGGCACAACGUUGGAUAAGAGAAUAUGUUGGAUAAUAAGGAGGGAUUAAGGAAAAGCCUAUUAAACAUCAAAUUAGGUUAUGAUUUUAUAAAUUAAGCACCAAAACAUCAUGUUAUACAACAAAUUUGACAGAAAAUGUAGUUCAAUACGCAGUAAUAUUAUGUUGUAAUUACUGUAUUUACGAAUUUAGCACCAAAAUAUCAUGAUAUAUUGAAAACAUUGACUACAAAAAUGGCUUGGAUUAUCCAGAGGCUUGGAUAAGCGAGGCUUGGAUAAGUGAGACUCUACUGUAUUUAUAGUGCAAGAAAACCCCAACAACAACAAUGAAAGAGUAAUACAAUACAGUAGAGUCUCACUUAUCCAACAUAAACGGGCCGGCAGAACGUUGGAUAAGCGAAUAUGUUGGAUAAUAAGGAGAGAUUAAGGAAAAGCCUAUUACACUUCAAAAUAGGUUAUGAUUUUACAAAUGAAGCUCCAAAACAUCAUGUUAUACAACAAAUUUGACAGAAAAAGUAGUUCAUUACACAUUAAUGCUAUGUAGUAAUUACUGUAUUUACGAAUUUAGCACCAAAAUAUCAUGAUAUAUUGAAAACAUUGACUACAAAAAUGCGUUGGAUAAUCCAGAAUGUUGGAUAAGUGAGACUCUCCUGUAUUGUGGAACAGGUAGAAAUCCAAAGGGUGAAUCUUUCCCAACCACAGAGUGGACUAGCAAUAGCCAACUUUGCCUUUUGUUAUCUCUGUCUGUGAUCUCUUUUUUCCUGGCCUUGCUCUUACAAAAAUUCAAAGUUGUAGGAAUUCAAUUGUUUCUUGUGUUUAAGACCAUCCCUUGGCCAGGAAAAAGGGGUUAUAUAAGAGCUUUUAUCCCUGAAAAAUGUGACGGCUUGAUGAGCAGAAAGAAGCGAGGCUUUUAAGAUAAAGGACUCCAGUAGCAACUUUGAAAGUAAAUGAGAAAUAGAUAUUCCUAAUUUAAGUUUUCCUGGACUUUACCUGGUGGCAGGGACUGAAGUCCACAACAUUUGUAGUAGGAUUUUAUUUUUCCCUACUGUAGUGGUUCCUAACUAAUGUUGGAGAGUGGUCCUGGUCAAAAAAAGGUUGGGAACCACUGCUCUACUGGAUUCUUUAUCUCCUUCUAACAAGGAGAUAAGGGCUAUCUAAAGGCUGUGAAGAUCUUAACUUCAAACCAUGUCUAGAGAGAGAACCUUUGGAGAUUUUAUGGCUAAAUUUAUUCAGCCCUUGAGGCUGAGAGAGUGUGCCUUGCGCAAGGUCACCUAAUUCGUUUCACGGCCAAGUUGUUGUUGUCCACGGUUCAAAAUGUAGCUUCAAUCCCUCUGCCUCCAAACCAGAAUAUCUGGUUCUGUUCUGUUGUUAUUUAUACUUUUCUUUUUUGUGCUUUAGGCCCUUUCUUAGCUGCCUCUUUAAGGUCAAGGGUUAGACUAUAAAAAAUGACAAACCAGGAUGUCAAACGGAGACCAAAGAUAUUGCCUUUAAAAUUGGUUCUUUCAUGCCCUCCUUUCCCACAUUUUCAAGCUUUUUGGAAUAUCCCAGUUUCUCUUUGUUCCUCCAUCUUUGUCCUCAGCUUCCUUCCAUUGCUGUAAACGGGGUUCAAAAUGAUAAAAAUAAUUUGCAUUGUUAAUUCAAUAGUACAGGAUAGGACGAGGAGUUCUUUCAACCCUCCGAAGGCUUGAAAAAAUGACAAUGGUUGGGUAUUUUGAAAAAAAAAACUGCUUCUUUGCCAUGGCUUGCCGAGGGCACCAAAGCAGCCCGAUUUGAACCCGCUUCCCUCUCCUGCCGUAACCGCUGCCUCCUCUUUCCCCUCUGUCCCCGUUGGGUGUUCCUGCUAAACCAAAUUUGUUGCAAUCGCCGGAAAAAAAAAAGAAAAAAAGAAACUUCUACCUCACUUUGUCUCUUGCACCAAAAGAAAAAGAAAAAAAAAGAUACCAAAGAUGAUUCUUUCGUUCCGUUUCGCCCAGGAAGUCUUUUUGUGCGUCCGUGUGGGUGGGCAUGUGGGCCAGGAUGCGUGGGUGGGUGGAUGUGUCCCGUCGUAAUAUAUCUAUAUUUCUAUAUAUUUUUUGCAUGGCUUCUCAAAAAGUACUCUGUUUUGUGUCCGAACCCUCAGCUUGCUCUGGGCAGAGAGAAAGAGAGAGACAGGGCUGCCUCGCUCUGGCGGAAGGCCCCACGUCUAAUUUGCCACAACAAAAACCACUCCUGACCCUUUUCUCCUUGGUCUUUCCUACCAUCAGGUUCCUAAUAAUAUGCACUUUAGUGAUUAUGGCACAGGGUUAGAAGCAAGAAUACAAUUCCUCACUGUUUUUCUUCUCAACAGAAGCAUCAAAUCAAUUUGGCAGCUUUCUUCUUGGAUUGCUGUGAGUUUUCCAGGCUGUCUGGCCAUGUUCCAGAAGCAUUCUCUCCAGAUGUUUCGGCCAUGUCUGUGGCAGGCAUCCUCAGAGGUUGUGAAAUCUGUUGGAAUCCAGGCAAGUGUGGAAGGUCCAGGGUGGGAGAAAUAACUCUUGUCUGUUUGAGGCAAGUGUGAAUGUUGCAAUCAGCCAGCUUGAUUAGCAUUGAAUGGCCUUGCAGCUUCAAGGCCUGACUGCUUCCUGCACAGGGGAAUCCUUUGUUGGGAGGUGUUAGCUCGCCAUGAUUGUUUCCUGUAUGGAAUUCCAGUUUUUUGUUUUUUUUACUCCCAACAAGACUUUGAAGCUGCAAUGCUAAUUCAAUGCUAAUCAACAUUCACACUUGCCUCCAUCAGACAAGGAAGUCGUAACUAAGUAACUUUAUUUUUCUACCCUGCCACCAUCUCCUGACAGGGACUCGGGGUGGUUAACACAGGACAAAACCCCGAAAAGAAAACAAAUACAGUAGAGUCUCACUUAUCCAAGCUAAAUGGGCCGGCAGAAGCUUGGAUAAGCGAAUAUCUUGGAUAAUAAGGAGGGAUUAAGAAAAAGCCUAUUAAACAUCAAAUUAGGUUAUGAUUUUAUAAAUUAAACACCAAAACCUCAUGUUAUACAACAAAUUUGAGAGAAAAGGUAGUUCAAUACGCAGUAAUGUUAUGUUGUGAUUACUGUAUUUAUGAAUUUAGCACCAAAAUAUCACUAUUGAAAACAUUGACUACAAAAAUGGCUUGGAUUAUCCAGAGGCUUGGAUAAGUGAGACUCUACUGUACAACAAUUUAAGACAUAUUACAAUAAAUAAAACACGGUAAAAUCAGCAUUAUAAAAACAAUACAUUACAUAGAUCAUAAAAACUCAUUAAAAGCAUAAAAUGAGAGAGUCAAAUUACAGUGAAAUGAGCCAAGUACAAAAAAGGUCAAGAGUACUUUCUCCCACCCUGGACAUUCCACAGAUAUAAUAACCCCACUUGUCUAGAUUCCAACACCUCCCAACCUUUGAGGAUUCCUGCCAUAGAUGUGGGCAAAACAUCAGGAGACAGUGCUUCUGGAACAUGGGCAGACAUCCCGGAAAACUCACAGCAACCCAAUCAACUUACUCCUUGCUUAUGAGGAUGUUUGCUAUUUUUAAAAUGAACACAGCCUCCAGUGGCUGAACUGAUGUUUCAGCCCCUCAUUAUAUGCUAAAACAUGGUUUUGUGCUGCCAGAUAUAAAAAAUCUUCUCCUUCCCUCCUGAUGAACAAUUGAGUUGAACCCAAAAUUGGCAAUUGCCUGAAAUGUGCUACCUGGGAUCUCAACUUAGAUUUCUAGUCAUAGAUGUGUUGAGAAAGCCCAAUUUUAUAAGGGCAAAGCUCACGUGCUUUUCGUAACUCCAAGUCCUUCAAAACGACUUUUUAAAGUUGAUCUUAUGAUGCUGGUGAUCCUUUCCGAUCAAUAGGGGAUCCCUGUUAUCUCACCGUUGUGCAAAUGUCUGGCCAGGACCUUUCCUCACCAGACAACCUCCUCCUUCCUGGCGUUUCUUAUGGGAUUCGAUAGACAAGGCCCAUAUUCUGGCACGACAGGCCAUACAAACUGCAUUUAAGGUGCGGCAAAGAGAGACAGAGAACAGUUAGCUUCAGUGGAACAAGAUGCCAGUAUCAGUUCUGAUACAUUGCACAGUUAUAGCACUACAAUCCCUGCCAUAUACCUCUGCCAUAGAAUCCAGGGAUUUGUAGCUUUGUACAGAAAACAUGGGAAAGGAUCUGUGCAAAACAUUUACCAUGACUUAUUGUUAAUUUUAUUUUUUGUCCUGCCUUUCCCCCAAUAUAGGGACUCAAGGCAGCUCCAAAAGCUUUAGUUUGUACCCAGUCCAAUUUCAGUAGAAUUAUUAUUAUUAUUAUUAUUAUUAUUAUUAUUAUUAUUAUUAUUUAUACUCAGUACCACGCUUCAUCUCUCCUGAAGGAAACUCAAAGCGGCUUACAAUUAAAAGUAGAUCCAUGGAACCAACAACUGAACUGUGUAAAAAUGCCCUAUAUAAAUCAAUUUAUUGUUAGUUGCAGAUUAACAAUAGGGUUCCGGCUGGUGUGUUCCAAGAAUUGAUGUUUGACUUGUUGGAUGGAAUCACUGGGUUGCUGUGAGUUUUCCGGGCUGUAUGGCCAUGUUCCAGAAGCAUUCUCUCCUGACGUUUCGCCCACAUCUACGGCAGGCAUUCUCAAAGGUUGGGAGGUCUGUUGGAAACUAGGCAAGUGGGGUUUAAUAUAUGUGGAAUGAUGUCCAGGGUGGGAGAAAGAAAGAUCUCUUGUCUGUUGGAGGCAAGUGUGAAUGUUGCCAUUGGCCAGCUUGAUUGGCAUUGAAUAGUCUUGCAGCUUCAAAGCCUGGCUGCUUCCUGCCUGGGGAAAUCCUUAGUUGGAUUCCCAAUAAAAGGUCCAGCUAACACUUCCCAUUCAUGUCGGUAAAAUAUCAGGAGAGAAUGCUUCUGGAACAAGGCCAUAGUAAAGAUAAAAGUUUUCCCCUGACAUUAAGUCUAGUUGUGUCCGACUCUGGGGGUUGGUGCUCAUCUCCAUUUCUAAGCCAAAGAGCCGGCGUUGUCCGUAGACACCUCCAAGGUCAUGUGGCUGGCAUGACUGCAUGAAGCGCCGUUACCUUCCUGCCAGAGCAGUACCUAUUGAUCUACUCACAUUUACAUGUUUUCUAACUACUAGGUUGGCAGAAACUGGGGCUAACAGCGGGUGCUCACCCCGCUCACUGGAUUUGAACCUCCGACCUUUCGGACAGCAAGUUCAGCAGCUCAGCAGUUUAACCCACUGCGCCAUUGGGGAUCCCUGGAACAUGGCCAUACAGCCCGGAAAACUCACAGCAACCCAACUGAUGUUUGACUGCCACUUAUUCUAUGCUUAUUGGGUGAAACCAUGUAGAGCAAGUAGUGGCUGCUCUGAUAUUUCUGGGAAUAAGUCAGUCUAUUCCCUCCUAACCCAUUUAUUCUACAGACGCAUUUCUUUUUUGCGUUUUCUUUGCCAAACUCUCUCUUCAUCAAUCAAUAUCUUAAAUACAGGCCUUUGGAAAUGCCUUUCUCAAAGCUGAGGAUCUGAGGGUUUCAAAGCUAACAUUGCAGUCUCCCAUAUAAAAAAUCAUAAGAGUAGCAUCUUCCAAAAAACUCCAACAAUUGCCUCCGUUCAAAUGGGGAAAAUUGUUGCUUUAAUAUAAGCACGAUGUGUCUCUUUUAAAAUGGAAAAUUGCUCCUUUGGCUUUCAACAAUAAUAAUAAUAAUAAUAAUAAUAAUAAUAAUAAUAAUAAUAAUGCUUUAUUUCUAUCCCACCACCAUCUCACCAAAGGGACUUGAAGGGCAGAAUAGUUUGAAGGGCAGAAAGAAAAAGGCAACUCUUUCCAGGCAAAAUAAAGCUUUACCUAAAGAAAUCUCAGCAUCAGGUUGGCCCUUAAGAGGCACAAAAAUCAAACUUUAACCACAACUGCCUCUCCCAUCGUUCCUUCUUCCCUCUGUCCUUUUUCUCUUCCCUUCUGACCGGUGUAAGCUGAGUAGUGUGGUCAUGUUUUUAAUCAAAGCAGUGCAUUACUAUAUAUUAAUAAAUUGAAUGUUUCUUCUUUGUUUGUCAAUUGUGCUAUAACUUAAAAAAAAGAAAACCAAAGUCCUUUUUUUUUUGCCUGUAAAGAAAAUGAAAAAAAAAAAGCUGUACAUUUUAUACCAAAGGGUUUUUCCCCCCUUUUUCCUUCUCGGAUACCUCAUCCUGUACCUGUUUGUGGUGAAAUGUUAUUCACAAAAAAGUAAACGUCCUUAAUCGAAACGCAA